ACCGGCGUCUCGCCCUGAGGAUCGUGCGCUGAUCGGUACCGUGCCUUGCCCGCGCCUCGGGAGCGCCGGGCGCUCUCCCCGCGGCCUCGCCGAGGCUGGCGGUGCCCGGCGGCCCCCGGGGUGCCAGCGCUGCCUUCGCGCUGGGGCAGCCCCCUCCAGCGGCGCAGUCCAGCUGCGGGUCUCCCUUCGCGACUCCCCGGAGCGACUGUUGGAAAAAGUGGCUGUGCCCUGAGAGACACUUAGCGUCAGGUAAUUCUCUAAUGGACCAAUGAAAGCCAACGAUGACAAGUUGUGGUCAACAGUCCUUGAAUGUGCUGAUGGUUCUGCUUUCAUUACUCUUGUCAGCAGCAUUGUCUGCACAUUUUCGGGUUUGCGAGCCAUAUACGGACUACAAAGGUCGCUACCACUUUGGUUUUCACUGCCCACGUCUUUCUGACAAUAAAUCUUACAUCUUUUGCUGUCACCAUAACAACACAGUAUUUAAAUAUUGCUGCAAUGAGACAGAAUUUCAGACUGUUAUGCAGAUGAACCUAACAGGGAACGCAGAUGGAUAUAUGCAUAACAACUACACUGCACUGUUAGGAGUGUGGAUCUAUGGCUUUUUUGUGGUGAUCUUGCUGGUACUGGACCUUUUAUACUACUCUUCAAUGAACUAUGAUAUUUGCAAAUUUUACCUGGCACGGUGGGGAAUCCAGGGAAAGUGGAUGACACACGCACAGAGCCGAUGGAUUAACCCUGCUCAGGAUCCAAGCCAAGUACAGACACAGCCUCAGCCAGAGACACAGCCUCAGCCUCAAACUCAGUCUCAGACACAGCCUCAAACAUCACAGACAGUACAUACUUUAAAAGGAGAUGCUUUAAGCCCACCCCUGAUGUCUUUUCAGAGUACAUCUGCCUGGCAGGCCACAACCCCGAACAAGCCAUCUGUCCCUGGCGGAAACAGGACUGGGCUGCUGCAACCCCUGAGAUGGUCUCCCUGCGACCACCCGGGACACACCGAGCCUGCACUGAACGAGACCGCAAUCGGGCAGAGACUUUGGGAUCUGGACUGUAAAUUAUUGUCCGUUUUUAGCACAACUUCCAUAAAACCUGCUUGGCAUGAGUGGCUAAAUUUGCUGAAGCCUUAGGCCGCACUCCCUAGUACAGUGAGAAAGGGCCCAGAGCUGCUGCAGGCGGGAAUGAUAAGGGCGUUACCAGCAAUUUGCAUUCCUGUGCGCUGCUGAAACAGUGCUAAUUGCUGGAGUUAUCACCUUCUUUGUCAGGACCUUGAGAGCUAAUGGCUGGACCUAAGAAUGGAGACACACCUGUCAGCAGAAACGGCAACAGUAAACGGCCUACCUAGGGACAGUGAUGAGACCCAAUAAGGAGCAGGAGACCCCAGACCCAAAUAUUACUAUUGGUCUGAACUACCACGUGAGGGGUGGGAAAACUUAAUUUGAAAAAGCUAUAAUUGCCGAGGGAUUUCUUUGUUCGCCCCCCCCCCCCGCCCCCUCUCUCGUCCCUCGCUCCUCGUCCCUCGUCGGAGGCACCCAGCUUGAGCUGUGAUUCGAGCGGAGUCAGCGGAACAUCAUCGGCCUCGGAGUGGUGGUAGCUAGCUUCCUCUCUCCUUUUUCAACUUUUCUCUAUCUUUUCCCCUUAUCCUUGUUCUGUUCCCCUCUUCCCUUCGCCUGCCC